CGCAGACCUUCACUCCCGCCAUCCACGGCAAUAAUGGCUGUCCCAAAUGUUGCAGAUGGCAGUGUAGCUCCCAAGUCGACCCACCUCUACGAUCCCACCCUUCAGCCAUUUCUUCAGUCCACAUUUGACCCUGCCGACUACCUCAAUGUCACAUUGCCCUCCCUCUCUCUCUCAUCGGUGUCGUCUCGGCCUUUGAAGCAAGGAACUUCCGUCCCGCUUGCCGACCUCUCAACUCAAACCCAGGACCUCCUGUCUCAACUGAACGCACAUACUACACGCCUCUCGACAAUACUCACACAAUUGACCGAUGACAUACUACGGAGUGGUGGGAGAUUGGCGUACGAGGUUGAAGUCUUACGAGGAGAAACAAUUGGGUUGACAGAAGCAUUGUCAGAGGGACUGAAAGGCGAUGUAGAGAAGUUCCUACCAGGAGGUAUCAUGGUAGAAAUGAAAAAGCCUCCAGAACCCCCAGAAGACGUUAAAAGCCCAGUCACACAAGAUUCCACCCAACAAGAGACCAAAGCCCGGGACAUCCCGAAGGCAGAAGACGAACCUACUACGCCCCCCUACAUCUCCCAACUUCGAACUCUAACCCUCGUCCGCUCCCGUCUCGAAAGCGUCAUAAAAAUCUUCGGCGAAGCUAUGCACUGGACACUCGCACCCUCCGAAGUCUCUCUAGCCUCCUCAUUAAUCUCUGUCUCCGCCCCUGAGCCUGGCUCCGACAGCGCCAGCCGUGAAGAGAAAGGACGAGAAUUCGCCGAAAAACUGCGUACCGAGAUCUCAGAUCUCAUAAGUGGGGGCGAGGGUGAUGAAUCUGGUGUUGAAGCCGCUAUGAUCCGGAUCCAGGCCCUUCGAGACUUGGCGCAAGUGUGGAGAGGCACAGCGGAGGAAAAAUCACGGAUAAAGUUUGUCGAGAGUCUUGUGAAGUUGGUGGAGGAGAAACAAAAAGCGAUAGAGAAUGCGGCAAAUCAGCGACAGAAAGGUGGACGAAAUGGAAGCGUAUCGAAGCUACAGCCGCCGCAGAAGAGCAGCGGUGGGGGUUUUCUAGAUAACCUUCAGAGGAUACGUGGGAAUAUCUACUUGGAAUGAACAUCCCUUGUAGGCGUCUCAGGUCUAUCCCAAUGUCCAAUUGGAUUCGCCUGGUCACGUGACCUCGUGUUUCCAUCGUGUCUGGAUACGUCAUAUGUUUGGCGUGAUGGAAUUUAUCCGCUCAACACAGCAA